GCCCCGAGGUGCGGCCGGGGCAGCCCGGGCUUUGCUGUGUUGGCUUCGGCGUUUGGUGGCCUGGCGUUUGUCCGACCCCACCUCCCCUCAUACGGCACCCCGAGCCGUGGCCACUCCCGGACCCCGCCUGCCUCAGUUUCCUGAGCUGGAGAAGUAAUGGCUCGGCCUCCGAACACGGUUUGUUUGAGGGUUGAGUUUUGUGUUUGCCUUUGGCGUGUGGGACCUCGGCUGCUUAGGGUGAUUCAGCAGCUCCGUGGGCGGAUCUUGGAAGAUGGAGAAGACAUUGAAUUCUUUAGAAGAAAGCAAUGGCAUCUAUAUUACUUUCUCUUUAACUGGAUGCAAAAGUUGAUAGAUUUGCUGCAGUAUUGCUGAAGAGAAUGGCAACUCCUUAUGUCCCUGUGCCUAUUCCUGUAGGAAAUUCUUCUUCAAAUUUUACCACAAACAGAAGCCAAAGAAGUUCUUCUUUUGGGAGUAUUUCAACAAGUUCAAAUUCUUCCAAAGGCCAAUCAGAAGAUUCUAAUGUGGAUGGUUACAAAAAGACAGCAGUGCCAGAUCAAAUGGACAGCAAUUCAUCUAUCUGUAGCAGCCCCCUUAUUAGGACUAAAUUUACAGGUAUAGAAUCUUCCAUUGAAUAUUCUGCUAGGCCAGUAGAAAAUGAAGAACAAAGUACAGAAUCUAUGAAUUGGGAAGAAAGACCCUCUACACCUACUAUAUUGGGUUAUGAGGUGAUGGAAGAAAGGGCUAAAUUUACUGUAUAUAAAGUGCUAAUAAGAAAAAGCCCAGAAGAAAGCUGGGUAGUUUUCAGAAGAUACACGGAUUUCUCUAGGCUGAAUGACAAAUUAAAAGAAAUGUUUCCAGGCUUUCGACUGGCUCUUCCACCAAAACGCUGGUUCAAGGAUAAUUACAAUGCCGAUUUCUUAGAAGAUAGACAGUUGGGACUUCAGGCAUUCCUACAGAAUUUAGUAGCUCACAAAGAUAUUGCUAACUGCCUUGCAGUGAGAGAAUUUCUUUGUCUGGAUGAUCCACCAGGUCCAUUUGAUAGCCUAGAAGAAAGCAGGGCUUUCUGUGAAACUCUAGAAGAAACAAACUAUCGAUUACAAAAGGAACUACUUGAACGACAAAAAGAGGUGGAAUCACUGAAGAAAUUGUUGAAUGAGAAACAACUUCAUAUAGACACUAUAGAGAACAGAAUUAGGUUACUGUCUUUAGAGCCUGAAGAAACACUUAGAAUUUCAGGAGAGGGUGAAUGUAUCAGAAAGAUAGAGUCUUCUGCAAUUGAAGCAGAUCAAGAUACCUUGGAUGAAAAAAACAGGUCUGAUAAGAUUCCCAAUGUUGGCUGGAGUGAUUGUGAACCUGAAAAUUCAGUAACUGAAGUGGAGGUAGCUGAAGUGGCCUAUGCUGCUGAGGAAGAAUAAAGAGAUCAGCAUCAGCUGCCAUAAUCUUUGGAGAUUUAGCGAUUUGAACUGGAUUAUGUUUUAGCAAAAGCUGUUGUUGUUGGUUUUUUUUUAAUAGAGCAGUAGCUGUAAAGCAUUUAUUAAAAAAAAAGGAUGCACAUGUGAAAUGUUUACAUAAACAAAAUCAUAACUUAUUGGCAUAGGAAAUAUAUUCAGUGCUGCUUUUGAUUUGCUUUUAUCUAGCCUUUAUAUUUAAUAUAUAUAAAAGGUCUAGUUAGGAUUAUAUUAACCUAGACCCAUAUUCUUAAAUAUUGUACAUAAAUGAUUAUGAUAUUUUGCCAGUAUGCUUUAAGCUAUACAUAUAUAUAUAUAUUAUACAUAUAUAAUAUCAUCAGUAAUAUUGGUCAAGUGGAAAUUUAUUACAUGUGUGAAGCAUACUUAUUUCUGUCUCAUACAUACUUUUUAAUUGGUUAAAAUAAGUUCAUGGAAUUUAUUGUAAAAAUAUAAGAACAAUUUAAAUUAAAACAUUGAUUUUUAAGUACCUUAUUUUUUUAAAAAUUCAUAUUAGUGCAUUAAAAAAGAAAAACUUAAUACCAAAUGGAAAAUACCUGAAAUAGUUAUGAUCAACUUUCCCUUUAGGAUUCUUAGAAAGGAAAUAGUAAAAUAGUAGUUGAUAAAAUAAUUAAUUCAUUGGUAUCUAGAUAUUGUAUUUUUACACCCCUUAUUAUUAUAAUUCUGUAUUACAUGUUUAUUUUUCACUCAACACUUUAUCUCUUAUUCUUGAACUGUAGAUAUGAGUUUGCCCUUUUCCCCAAAUACUACCUCUUCUUGCUAAUUAAGGUAUGCUCUUUUGAAAAUGUAUUCUAGAUUAUCUUAAAGAUAACUGAUUUAUAACCAAAAGAGAAAGCCAUACUUUUCUGCCAUGUUAACAACUAGGUUGUUCCUGAUUGCAGUGCAUUUUUAUUUCAGUGUAGCUGAGAUGUUUGAGUGCAUUAUAGCCUUUUUUUUUCCAAAAUGUAUUUAUUUAGCCAAGUGAUGCACUUUACAAUAAUUAAAACUCCUUUGUGCCAAGUUUAAUUGGUUGACUUCAUUAGAGAGAGGAGUUAGGAAAAAAAAGAUUAUGUAGUGCCUUUAACAUUUAACUAUUACAGAAGGCUUAGAAUUCUAUGGAUCAGCUUUGUGAAACUUCUUUAAUGUUUAUUUUGGCCCUGCCAUUAGUUAUUGGAAGUGCCUUUGUUUUUUUCCCUCAGAGAGAAGUUGUUAACGUGUUUUUUGGCCAUACUGUUUUGCUUAAUGCUAUUAAUGCUAGCAUGACUAUGUUGCAUAGUUUGAAAACUUAAGUUAAUGUGUUGGGCUGUGUACAUAUUUGUGUAUAUAUGUAUUGUGUGUGUAUUUUUUUUUAGAAGUGGAAAGCAAUUGGUGAAUAAAGUUGUGACUAUC